CGUCCUACAACCACCAAAUCUAACCUCAUCUCAAGAACUUCAUCAAACCAUCAACAUCAACGCCAUAAAUUAAUCAAUAUUUUGCGCAAAUCUAAUACAAAGAUGCGCACAAUAUCGAAUCCAAUUUAAAUCACGAAAAGGCGACAACUCUAAGACGGUUUGUCGCGACGUAGAGAUUUGACGUUAUGGGCGGCGGAGAGAGGGGACUUUUGUCUCGCUCUGGGGUAUCCGGACACAACUCUUCCAUCACAAAUGGCACAUCAUGGUCACCUUCCUCAUCGAAUGUAAUUCAUUCCCAAAAGACUUACCAAAAUAAAAACAACACUCCUCCGCGAUCGCAUACUCCAAGUAUAUUCGAUGCCACAAUGGCUGACUCGGCCAACGUACAGGAGGAGGAAAGUCAAAGGACAAGAUUUAAAGAAUUAUAUCGCCGCAGCGAGGCAAGGUUGGCGGGAUUGUUUGGCGGUGGAGAUUCUCCUGCAGAUGCCAAUGAAGAUCAUGAUGUCUCGACACAAAAUACACAAUUGGUCGAGGAUGCAACCGCCAUUGAACCGGCCAAGCAAGCACAACCACCAAAGAAAGCGGCGCGCGCUAUAGACGAAGACAAUUAUGAUGAUGAUGAUGAGGAUGACGAGGAUGAACAGCAAGAUUCCCCCUCAAAGGCCAGGAGCGCGAAUGCGUUGUUGUCGCCUUCGAAGUCGGGGAGUUCCCCCAUCCAAUCUGACUUAUCCCCCUCAAAGCACGCGGAACAAAAUAAAGAUGAUGCGGCGAGCGACCAGCCUAAAACUUCUGAAGAUGCGCGCAAGAAAUUGGAAGAGGAGAAGAAGGCCGUCGAGGAUGCUGCCAAGCGCAGCUUCAAUACCAUAUUCUAUACAUUGGAGAAUGAUCGGAUUGCCAUGCUGGAACAGCAGCGGCUGGAGGAAUCCGAAAGGCAGACCGACGCGGAAAUGGACAAUAAUGGCAAUGCUGGACCUGCCAAUAAUCGACAAGCCGAACAACAUAGCUCCCUGGCCAGUGCCGAGAUGGGCGCAUCGAGUUUGACGUUGAAGAAUCUCUUUGCUCGCAUCGACGCCAAGCGUGACAGGGUCCAAGCUACGGAUCUAGAGUUGAGAGCCUUGAUCAAUGAGGUUCGUAAGAAUAGAAGUAAAUGGGCCAGUGAGGACAAUGUCAACCAGGAAGAAUUGUACGAGGCUGCGGAUAAGGUUUUGAGUGAGCUCAAGGCUAUGACAGAAUACUCGGCUCCUUUUCUUGUCAGAGUGAAUAAGCGCGAGGCUCCUGAUUAUUACAAUGUUAUCAAGCACCCUAUGGACCUCGGCACAAUGACUAAGAAGUUGAAGACGCACCAGUACAGAUCGAAGAGUGAAUUUGUUGCCGAUCUCGACUUGAUAUGGGAGAAUUGCUUGAACUACAAUGGCGCAGAUAAACAUCCUUUACGAAGAAACGCGGAAAGUAUGAGGAAAGAGGCAGCGAAACUUAUACCCUUGAUUCCAGAUCUUGUCAUUCGACCUCGAGCAGAAGUAGAAGCAGAGGAACGUCGCAAACAAAACGGAGGGGAUGAUGCUGAUGAAAGUGAUGACGAACCUAUUAUGUCUUCUAGAGGUCGGGGUGAAGGCGGUCGAGGUGUAAAGGGGCAUGGCAAGGCACGGAAGAAUACUUCCAGGCGUGAAGAAAGCACCCCGGGCAUCGAUCAAAAACCUGCCAUUCAACUCAAUGGUGUUCUUGGGAACCUCAACCAGGAUGGCUCGGAAGUGGACGGUAGUCAGAAUGGCUUUUCUACUCCGAUUCCGGGUGGUUCAGUAACCCCUGGCGGCAUGAAUGGUGUCGCUAGUCAGGGUGAUGGUAUGGAUAUUGAUGCCCCUUCAAUCAAUGGCAUGGGCAUGCAAGGAUUUGCGGCAGAAAAUAUCUAUGAAGAUGAAGAGUAUAAAAUCUGGAAGCAGGUCACCAAGAAAAAUCGUGCCAUGGUCGCUAAAGAUCGAAACCGAUUGUUCAAAGGUGAUAAGUUGAAUCCAGAUGAGCCUGCUCUUCUACGAAGCAAAGCCGGGAUGAGAAGGUGGCUGCGCCAACGGAAACUGGAUGAUCCCAAUGGCUCGAAUGUCGAAGGCGCCAUUGAAGAUAAAAAAGCGAAACAGGGCGCAGAGACUCUUGCCGAAGGUAUGGAGGGCGAAGAAGAACAGUUUUUGCCGGAUUAUUACGAUCCGCUAUCAGCCAUUCCAGAUAUCAACCCGAGAUUACAGUGGGUGGAAGAUGCGGAUGGUAAUCUGGUUGAACAGUCGGGAGAAUUUCUUCGAAUGGUACCUGCUGGACAUUUUACCGCACCGAAAAGUUUCUUGACUGGCAAAGUUGAGGCCAAUAUGAAGCAAAUGCAAGAAACGAGAAAGCUGUGUUCCAAGAUUGGUGUUAUAAAGCAAAUGCAGUUGCAGGCGCAGAUGUACAACAAUCAAUUCCCCAAGUAUGAGCCUGAGCCCUUCGUAGAAACAGAUAUCGAACCACAUGUCACUUCAGAUGAUGGUCCUAUCAUGUCUUCUUGGGUUUGUAGGGCUGCAAUGCAACGAUCUGUCGCCAAGCUUUGCUAUCAUGCUGGAUUUGAAGAAUUGCAACCGUCUGCGUUGGAUGUUAUAACUGAUAUUGCCGGAGACUUCUUUGGCAAAAUUGUCAAAACCUUUGGUGUUUAUCGAGAAGCGCAUAAAGUCCCUGCUGCACCUGGCACUGGAAGUAAAUGGCAAGAACGUUAUACCAACGAAGAAGUCGUCUUGCAUAGUUUGGGUGAAAAUGGUAUGGAUAUAGAAGCCUUGGAAAGCUACGUUAAAGAUGAUGUUGAGCGUCUCGGAACCAAACUUUCGGUCAUGCAUGAACGCAUGAAGGCUCAUCUUACAGAUCUGCUCAGACCCGCUCUGCAAGAUAAUAGUCAGGAUGGAUCCGGUGCAUUCAACGAAGGCAGUGAACAAUUUGUCGGUGGUGACUUUGCAGCAGAACUUGGCGAAGAUUACUUUGGUUUCAAGGCCCUUGGUUUGGAUAGUGAAUUCUCAAUGACAAGUCUUGGCGUACCACUCCAUCUCCUCCAUACGAGAGUUCGUAGCGCAUACCAAGGACCCACCGCUGCAGCGCCCCAAGCCGAAAUUUUCGCACAACUCGAACCUUUACCACCUAUCACAAAGGAAAGCAUCACUAGUCAAAUUGGACUGGUCAAGAACUUCUUCCUCGCUAAGUUACAUGCGAAUGAUGAUGAACCGCUACUAGAAGACGAGGAACUGACUGGGAAACAAAAACCCACUCGGCCACGUCUGGGUCCGACGGGUAAAAUUACAAGUCCGAGAAAGAGACCUCUUAAAGAACAGAGUGGUAAUGCGAAGAAGAAGAAGAAAUUGGAUAAUGGAUCAGCGGUCGAUUCACAAUUGUCGAUUAAGACGGGUGGGAGUGGAAGUCCACAGAAGGGUAAGAGUGAGAAGGGCAAGUCAGGAUUGCCAAAUGGAAAUGCGGGGAGCGUGGAGGAGAGCAUGGAUGGGAAUAGUCCGGUGGAAAAAGAUGAUGGGGCGACGAUUCCAAUGAGCCCGGAGAGUAUUGGGGAGAGGUAAUGGGGAUGUGUGAGGGGAGGGUGGGCUAUAUAAAAGUUUUUGGGUGG